CUGUGAGGUAUAUUAUCACAUCAUUGCUGUCUCUGUUUAUUGGUUAUUUACUCUUGAUUUCAUGUGAAAUAAACUUAUUUCUUGAUUAAUUUCUGUCUAUGUUAAAUUUUUUAGAUAAAUCGAUGUGUCUGUAGUGACUACAUUAAAUUAUUUGUAAUCACUAAUCCAUUUUAGUUUUAGGUUGUACCACAACGAACUGGUUAAAUCUUUCUUUUUGUAUUUUAAAAAAAAAUAAUCUGAAUAAUGUCCGUGAAACGACAAGCUACAACUGACUUAAACCAUGAUAACUGGGAUCAAGAUGAUCCAAAUGAGCAUGAAGAAAUGGGCACUUUUAAAACAGCUUCAAAGGAUGUUCUUGAAAAGCGUGUAAUAAGAACUGCAAAAAGACGUUCUCAAAUAUCCAGUGACGAACCAAAGCAAAGUGUAUUCAGUGGAUUUGGAGGUUUUAAUAAAACACAACCAUCAUCGUUUGAUUUCUUGGCGAAUUUAACAAAUGGAUCCAAUAAAUCUAUUUCACCGACAAGUAAAAGUGACACUACUGUAACAUCAACAAUAUUUAAUAAUUUACCACUUUCUAACAAUUCUGGAAAUAGUAUUUUUGGUAUGCAGACAUCAACAUCUACAACAAAACCUAUGUUUGGUAUAACAAGCACUCAGGCAUCACCAGUAUUUGAUAGUACUACAACUAGUACUAUUUCAUCUGUAUUCACUGCUUCAAAAGCAGAUUCAACUGUAGGUGAUUCACCAUUUAAAAUUCAAGUAACCUCAAGUUCAUCUGACUCCAGUGGUGCAAGUAUUAAAACAAUUAAUGCCAACUCUGCAGCAUCUGUAUCACAAGUUUCAUCUACAAUAUUUGGCAUACCUACAAGUAGUACUAGCAAAUCCACAUUAUUUACAACCACAUCUAAUUCUACACUAUUUACAGCUAAACCUGUAUCCAGUACCACAACUGUUCAAGCUAAGUCUGAAUCACUUUUUAGUUCUGCUAAUACAAAAGAUUCUAAUAUAAGUGCAGAAAAUAAAAAUCAUAAAAAACUGAAUUAUUAUUCAAAAUUAAAAGGAUUGAAUGAGUCUGUUUCUGCAUGGAUUACGAAACAUGUUGAUGAAACUCCUCUUUGUAUAUUGACACCUAUUUUUAGGGAUUAUGAGAAAUAUUUGAAAGAUAUUCAAGAUGAAUAUCAAAAUAAUGAAGAUAAACCUCCAGCCACAGACCAGAAAGUAACAGAUGAUUCACAAGUUACAUCAUUAGGAACCAAAAGUUCUCCACUGACAUCAAAAUCAACAGGAUUUUCAUUCGGGACUGACAUUAAACCUGUGAAUAAUGAGAACCCAAGCAAGCCUUCAUUUACAUUUGGAAUGACAUCACAUAAUACAACUCCUGUCAGUUCAUCCCUUUUCUCUAACACUGCAAAUACUAAUGGCUCUGCACCAUUUUCAUUUGGUAUUGGAAAACCAUUUACUUUUAAUUCAAACAUUCAAACUACAAGCAAUGAAACAAGUAAAGCAACUAAUGAAAAUGAGAAUGAAGAUGAUGAUUCACCUCCCAAAGUUGAAUUUAAACCCAUUGUAGAGGAAAAUAGUAUUUAUGAUAAGCGCUGCAAAAUAUUUGUGAAAAAGGAGGACAAUUUUGUGGAUAAAGGUGUGGGUACACUUUAUAUCAAAAAAAUUGAAGAAACUGGCAAACAUCAAUUACUGGUUCGAGCCAAUACAAAUUUAGGCAAUGUGUUGCUUAACUUGAUUUUGUCUUCAGCUGUACCAAUACAGCGCACGGGUAAGAAUAAUGUAACGAUGGUUUGUAUUCCAACACCAGACACAAAACCACCACCUGUACCCAUAUUAAUAAGGGUUAAAACAUCUGAAGAAGCUGAUGAACUAUUAGAAACAUUGAACAAAUAUAAAACAUAAAGUAAUGGUUGAAUACUAACAAUGUAACAUUGUAGAACUUAUAAUGAAAAGUAAUACUUGUAUUCAAAAAUGAUUUUUGAAUAAAAAUGUAAAUAAAAAUAUCUAUUUCGUUGCAA